AUGGCCAACGAGGUACACGACACUUCAAUUCUCUUAUCAGAAAGCCAACAAUUACCCGCAAAAAAAGAGACAUUCGACCAACUUCAAGCGCGUCACAAAAAAGAGCUUAAAGAUCUCGUAGCGCGUACCACUUCUCUAAAGAAGACCGCAACAAAAGGUGACAAAAAACGAAGGAAAGAAGUACAAGCGGAAAUUGUUAAACUUGAGACUGAGUUACACGCAAGACAUGAACUAGAAAUAAAAAUUCAUAAGGAUACUCAUUCUCCCCCUUCAAAUUCUUCGUUGGUCUCGGGGCAUAAUAAUGACGCAGCAGUUCUCGAAAAAACUUUAGUAGAAAGUAGUGGUAGUGAUAUUGUCGCAAGUGAGAAAGUUAGUUCCACACUACUUUUACAUCUUUGUGCUUAUGAAACUAUUUUUAAAGGAUUUGGUAUUUUAAAGAGUAUUUUAGAGAAUGUGAAAAUAAAAGCGGAUAAACAAGAGGAAAAGGAAGAAGAAGAUAUAAUCGACACUUUAUUGGCCAGACUUGAAUCCAUGAAAACAGAAGAAAAAGAACCGAAAACAACAAUACAAUCAAAAGAUAAACAACAACCUAAACCUAAAAGACAGCAAAAAAGAAAGGAACGAAAAGCUGCCAAGUUCAAAGAAAUGCAAGAACAAGGAGAAAAGGAGGCAGACGGUCAGAUAAACAUGCAAGCGAUUGAGAGAACUGCCAUUCAGGAAUUAACAAAAUCGAUGGGACUCUCAAUUAAAGAAAUUACCCCAGACGGUCACUGUUUGUAUAAUGCUAUUGCAGACCAGCUUCAAUUCAGACAUAACAUUUCGACAAAUUACAAAGAUCUAAGAAAAGAGACUGCGAAUUACAUGCGUGAACAUUUCGACGAUUUUCUCCCAUUCUUGACAACAGAAUCGGGUGACCCUUAUAAUAUGGAACAGUUUCAAAAGUAUUGUGACGAAUUAGAAAGUACCGCCACAUGGGGGGGUCAAUUAGAGGUAAACGCGUUAUCGAAAGCAUACAAACUCCCAGUCCAUAUAGUACAAAUGGAUUCGCCAGUUUUGAAAAUAUCUGAUGUUGAAUUUUCGGGACAGCAGCCGAUUAUUUUAUCGUAUCAUCGACAUAUGUACGGAUUGGGUGAACAUUACAAUUCACUCCGAAAAAAUGAAUAG